AUGAAUGAGGAGUACGACGUGAUCGUGCUGGGCACCGGCCUGACGGAAUGUAUCCUGUCAGGUAUAAUGUCAGUGAAUGGGAAGAAAGUUCUUCACAUGGAUAGAAACCCAUAUUAUGGAGGAGAAAGUGCAUCUAUAACACCUCUGGAAGAUUUAUACAAAAGAUUUAAAAUACCAGGAGCACCACCAUCAUCAAUGGGGAGAGGAAGAGAUUGGAAUGUUGACUUAAUUCCCAAGUUCCUUAUGGCUAAUGGUCAGCUGGUUAAGAUGCUACUUUAUACAGAAGUCACUCGUUAUCUGGAUUUCAAAGUGACUGAAGGGAGCUUUGUCUAUAAGGGAGGAAAAAUCUACAAGGUUCCUUCCACUGAAGCAGAAGCCCUGGCAUCUAGCUUAAUGGGGCUGUUUGAAAAACGUCGCUUCAGAAAAUUCCUAGUAUAUAUUGCCAACUUCGAUGAAAAUGAUGCUAGAACAUUUGAGGGCAUUGAUCCUAAGAAGACCGCAAUGCGAGAGGUGUAUAAGAAAUUUGAUUUGGGCCAAGAUGUUAUAGAUUUUACUGGUCAUGCCCUGGCGCUUUACAGAACUGAUGACUAUUUAGAUCAACCAUGUUGUGAAACCAUUAACAGGAUUAAACUUUACAGUGAGUCUUUGGCAAGAUAUGGCAAAAGCCCAUACCUUUAUCCACUGUAUGGCCUUGGAGAGCUGCCACAAGGAUUUGCAAGGCUAAGUGCUAUUUAUGGAGGUACCUACAUGCUGAAUAAACCAAUUGAAGAAAUAAUUGUGGAAAAUGGAAAAGUGAUUGGUGUUAAGUCUGAAGGAGAGAUUGCUCGUUGUAAGCAGCUCAUCUGUGACCCCAGCUAUGUAAAAGAUCGGGUAGAAAAAGUGGGUCAGGUGAUCCGUGUUAUCUGUAUCCUCAGUCACCCCAUCAAGAAUACCAAUGAUGCCAACUCCUGCCAGAUCAUUAUUCCACAGAACCAGGUCAAUCGGAAGUCAGAUAUCUAUGUCUGCAUGAUCUCCUCUGCACACAAUGUGGCAGCACAAGGGAAGUACAUUGCCAUAGUCAGUACAACUGUGGAGACCAAGGAACCCGAGAAAGAAAUCAGACCAGCUUUGGAGCUCUUGGAACCAAUUGAACAGAAAUUCGUUAGCAUCAGUGACCUGCUUGUACCAAAAGAUUUGGGAACAGAAAGCCAGAUCUUUAUUUCCCGUACAUAUGAUGCUACAACUCACUUUGAGACAACCUGUGAUGACAUUAAAGACAUCUAUAAGAGGAUGACAGGAUCAGAGUUUGACUUUGAGGAAAUGAAGCGCAAGAAAAAUGACAUCUAUGGGGAAGACUAA